GACAUUUUAACUGCAAUAGAAAAGGACGCCGCCAACCAUACGCUUGACCAAGACUGUGUGAAUGAGGGCGCUCAGAGUUAUUGGGCUGGCAAAUCGAUUGGAAUGGUUGCGAGAUUAGCUAGUAUCUCCAGAGCAUUUGGAACAGAUCAUUACACUAAGCUGGAUGAAUCAUUACGCAAGUGUUUAGAUCUCUGGCUUGGUAUUGUCGAUGGCAUAACUGAGCCAAAUAAGUUUAGAUACGAUACUGUAUGGGGAGGUAUGUUUCUAUCUAGUAUUAGACCAAAUGAAUUAAUAUUUCCGUGGACAAACUUCGGAUUUGUGUCUUAUGCCGACCAUCAUUUUCAUCUGGGAUAUUGGAUCUAUGCCAUAUCUUACUAUGCACAAUAUCACAAGGACUGGGCAAUGAAAGACGAUAAUUACGAACGAAUAGUGGCCUUGGUUCGUGAUGUCGCUAGUCCCAGUAAAAUUGACACUUUCUUCCCUACUGUAC